GCAUUUUGGCCAUUUCGCGGGAAAGCCUGAUUAUCUCAUCUGUGUGGUGAUCAGCUAGAGCAGAGGGGGGAGAUCUGGAAGAGAAAACAAUAUAUUGUAUCAUAGAUUUGUAUUUUGAUUUAGGAAAUAGUUGUGAAAAUGCUUUUUCGUUCCAUUGUUGAUCGAGGAGUUUUUAGUCGCAAAUGCAAUGAAGGACAGCAAAAGUAUCCCCUACACCAGCUGUUGGACUGUUACCAGUGUGCCAGACACGAUGAACACAUCUCCUAUGGAGAUAUGGGGGUUCCAGUACCUCCUUUUGGGUGCACGUUUUCAACAGCUCCUGAAAUACAUCAUGUGCUUGCUGUUGCCAAUGAAGAAGGGAUUGUCCGGCUCUACCAUACAGAAUCACGCAAGAACCCCCUUUUUAAAGAAUGGCUGGCUCAUUCCAAUGCUGUCUUUGACAUUGCCUGGGUCCCUGGAGAGCCUCAAAUUGUAACAGCAUCUGGGGAUCAGACAGCUAUGCUGUGGGAUGUGAAGACCAGUGAGCAUCUUGGCACUUUCAAAGGACACCAAUGCAGCCUCAAGUCUGUGGCUUUUGGAAAACAUGAAAAAGCUGUUUUUUGCACUGGAGGAAGAGACGGGAACAUCAUGGUUUGGGAUACAAGGUGCAGUAAGAAAGAUGGGUUUUACAGACAAGUGAAACAGAUCACUGGGGCUCACAAUAACAUGGACAGACAGACUCCUUCCAAACUGAAGAAGAGGAGACAGACAAGCAGAGGAAUUGCUCCUUCUGUGGAUUCCCAGCAGAGUGUGACGGUGGUGCUCUUUCGCGAUGAAAACACUCUCAUUUCUGCAGGAGCUGUUGACGGUGUUGUUAAGAUGUGGGACCUGAGGAAAAACUACACAGUCCACCACCAGGACCCCGCGCCUCUCCAGGCUUACCCGUACCCUGGAACCAGCUCACGAAAGCUGGGCUACUCCAGUCUGGCGUUGGACUCUACAGGCUCGCGCUUGUUUGCAAACUGCACUGAUGAGAAUAUAUACAUGUUUGAUGUGACUGGCUUGAAAAAGACUCCAGUGGGAGUAUUCAAUGGCCACUUCAACUCCUCGUUCUACAUUAAAUCUAGCGUGAGCCCUGAUGAUCAGUUCCUAGCCAGUGGCUCUAGUGACCACAACGCAUACAUCUGGAAGAUCUCGGACCCCAAGGCUCCUCCCAUGAUGCUCCAGGGUCACUGCCAGGAAGUCACCUCUGUUGCCUGGUGCCCCACUGAUUUCACCAAGAUUGCUUCAUGUUCGGAUGACAACACAGUUCGGAUCUGGCGCUUGAGUCGGAGGGCUGAUGGUGAGAAGUCGGCUAUCGGACCUGCAAAUCUGGUGGGCUGGGCCUGUCCAAAAACCCCCCCCCAAACUUCAGAACCUGUGACCUCAUUGGAACAAACUCCGGCCAAGACACCCAGAAAAGAAGCUUCUGUAGCACUCUCACCCCAGGCUGCAGCCUGUGCGCCCAGCACUGCAGACCUACCACUUCCCUCCUGCACGCCCUCCUUCCUCCAAACUCCGGGUCGCAAGAGUCAUACCCCAGCCAGCCGCACACCCGCCACUCUCCGACAGACUGCCACUGCCAGCACCUCUAUAAAGAAGUGGAUCACCAGGACUCCCCAUUCUCCUAGCCUUCAGACCCCCAGCUCUCCCAAUCUUGGAACCCCUGGUUCUGCAGGUCAGAGGACUCCAUCCCCCAGGAACGUGCUAAGCCCCAUCGCCCUGAGCCCCAUGCCCGCACCCCCUGCCUCAGAAAGGAGGGUGAAGCGCCGUCUAGAGACAAGUGGAGGAAGUGCUUUGGGAUGCCCUGGAGAUUGUGACUGUGUGAUGGAGCUCGACCCUUCAGCUAAGAAGAGGCGAGGGCUCAGGGGAGUGUACUGUUUAGCAGAGGAGGAGCAGCAGAAGGAGCAGGGAUCCAGCCCAGGCCAUACAGAGCUGGAGGCCCAGCAGCAUCUAGAUGCAGGCCAGCAGAUCCCUUCACCGGGGCACCUGGGCAAGGAGAACAGCUCCCCUGGCCAGGCAGACUGGCUCUCUGCAAUGGGACAGAGACUGAAGAGAGAGCAGGGGAGUCCCAACAGCUUGAGGAGUCCCAGUGCCAAGAAGCAGGGCAGCAGGACUACAGGGUCUCCGGCUCCCUCCACUCCAGGAUCAAUGAAAAAAAUCUUCUUGUACUUCCAGAAGAAAACACCAGAAUAAACUUGUAGACUACUGAGAGCUGCAUGUGGCCAGGGACAAGAUUGCAGCAACAGCAAUGGAACUAUAUGACCCUGAUGUUUUUACAUUGCAUCUGCUCAAAAAGAGGAGGCUAAGCAUAUACCUUAUUAAUGCUGUACUGUAAAUGGAAUUGGUACCAAUUCAUACUGGUUUCUGACUUUUUAAAUGUAUAUUUUACUGGUCCUUGAUGCGUUUGUUUAUUGUAGCUGAACAUGAAAAGGGGACAAUUAAUAGACCUGCUUUAAAAUGGAUAGUUUUAAUAUCUGAAUCUCCAUAACAUACAACAAGGGUCUCAAAUAGGAGGGUGUACAAUAAAAACACUGAAAAUUGGCCUGACACAACAAAUCAAGUUUUAUGAGGUAAACUUUAAAUGCAGCAUUUUGUUUUGUGAUCAAAGCAAUCAUGCUGGGACGAUAGGAACCUAACUGGAGCCGUAUCCCACUUUCAUAUCCUGAUGAAACCCCCUGCAUCCUGGCCCAUAUAAGUUUUUUUUUUUUUUUGUUUUUUUUUUUAAACCUGGAUCUCCUGACUCCCAAUCCUGAACUUUUAACCAUAAGGCCUUGUUCCUAACACUAGGAGAAAUGUGGGGGUUCUAUUUUCCCCUACUGAUUUUUAUAUUUAGAGAUUUACUGUAAAUAUUUAGCAUGGCGGUCAACAGGUCUUGAAGCACAGGGUCAGUUUCAUUUUCACAUUGGAUUUUAAUUUUUUAAUUGAAGUGGUACUGGGAUAAAAUUGUUUGGGAGAGGGUAUCAAGAUGACACAAGCAAUUGAGUAGUGUUAUACACCGUUUUGAGUGUGUGUAUUUUAAUAUGUAGGUAUUCAUCUUUCACAAAACAUUGUUUGAGGAGUGAAAUCGGAAUGUAAUUCAAGGCAUGGUGCCAACCUAGUGACCAAUUGAAAGGCUUUAUUUUGUAUGUAAACUAAGUUGUAUAUUAAAUGUAUGGGUGGGGUCAACAUGUUUGGUUUUGAAUGCAGUAACAUUUUUUGUGGCAGUUUUGAUCCUUUUUAUGAAAUUGCAAGUUGAAUUUUCCAUAAGUGGGAAAAUGUCACAAUCUGCAUUAAUAGAAGCUGGAAUGAUUGGCUAUGGAUUUACCACUCCCUUUGUUUACUAUUGCACGGAGGGGGGGAGGGGGUGAUUUUUUUAUUUUUUUAUUUUUAAACUAACCUAUCAAUUGCUGUUUGUGGAUUGUGUUUCAAAUUUUUUUCACGUGACCAAUAAUUAUACAUUUUAAAUACAGCCUUAGAGAACAUGCUUGUUUUGUUGACAAAACAAAGCCGAGCCACGGCUACAAUGGAACUCUGUUGCUAGGUGAAGGCUUGCCCUACCUCUGGAAAGGCUGAAAUAAACCUGUUCAGGCCAACCACAUUGACAAGAUACAAUGCCUUUCCUUUUUUUCUAAUAACGGAGCUUUAGUCUAGAAUAAUUGGCUAGUAUUAAAACACUAAGUAAAACAAAAUGCUGGGAAAAAAGUUUAUCUAGUGUUAGCUAGAAUAUGACAAUGAAUACAGUAAUAUCUUUUCAUAGUUUUUAAUUAUGGUCCCACUUUGGUUUGUGGGGAUCAAUACCCUAUUGGUAGUUUCACUUAAAUAAAUAAUGCUGUGCGAAUGUUAAAAAAUGUCACAUCCAUUAGAACUACAGGUUUAUGCAUCAUACAAGUAGUUAAAUAAGAACUUCUCAUGGGAGUCUUCCUUUCAGUUCUUUUGACUUUUCCUCAUCUAUAACUUCAGUGCCAUGGGUUAGCAUACCGACAUACCUUUCAUGAUAAUGCUUAUGUGGUUCAUUCCAUUCUUGAUUCCAGUGUUAUUUACAGUUGCUAUGUAUUUGUAUUGAAACUUGCCUGUUCAUUUAACAAGGAUGAGUUGCUCUUGUAAAGACCGUGUUUGUAAUAUACUUCUAUUUGCCAAGCUUCUUUUUAUAUUUAAUGUUGUUGUAUCUGUGUAUAUAAAAUUUAUGUUGAACUUGA